AUGAUAGCUAAUGAUACUGUAGAAUUUGGCAAUGACUUUUUCAAGUUCAAACUUUGUGCUAUUGGUGAGCAUUGCUCUGUUAUUGGAGGUGUUGCUGGAUGUAUUUCUAAUACAGGGCAUCAGAUUUGCUGUUCAAAUGGUUGUGGCCGUGAAUGUAUGUUUCCACUGGCAGGGUUCCCUAUGGAAAUGCAAUUGACUGGGCAGCCUAUACAAGCGAGGUCCUUCCACCGCCUGGUUACUGCUACAGCAAAUGUUCUUCCCGCUCUAAGUGAACCAAUACGCCCAGUAAAUGCUACAAUAGCGCCAGUAUCGCUCAUGAUAGAUCGGUCUUUCGCGGUUAAGACAUCUGUCCCACAACAGAAAGCUGGAAUGUGUCUUCCUGCCGGGGAUGAGAAAGCGUGCUCAACUUACACAAAAUGUUCGGACGACUCCGAGUGUAAGGAUGUGGAGAAAUGCUGUAAGAAUGCCUGUGGUUCCGUAUGUGUUGAUCCAACGAAAGCUACAAAUUGCAUACACUUCGCAAUAGCUGUCAAAAAACUUCCCGAACAAAAGCUAAAGUAUGGCUAUGUUCCAAAAUGCGACAGUAGUGGAAAAUUUUCUCCAAUCCAAUGUGAUGAGCGUAUUUGUUGGUGCGUAGACGUGAACUACGGAAUGGAAAUUGCCGGAUCAUCUGUACCUGUUGGUAUGAGAAGAGACGAUAUGUGCAGAGAUUUGCGACUUUGUGGAGUAAAAUGCUCAAAACAAUGCGCUCAUGGGCUGAAGAUGACAGUAUUCGGAUGUCCCGAUCCUGCUUGUGAGUGUAGGAAUGUCUGCGAAGACGUACGAUGCACCAAUGGAGCAGAUAUCUGUCAGCUUAUCGAACCCGACUGUGCCCAUCCGCCUUGUCUUCCUGUGCCGAGAUGCCUGAUCAAUCCAUGUCCAAUUGGCCCACCAAUGACGCUUCAAAAUGGUGUGACGGCUCUAUGUACCACAUCUGACCAAUGCACUCACGGAAACUGGUGCCAUAAAAUUGGUUAUGGAGGGCUUGGUUUUUGCUGUGGAGGGCCUAAAAUUUCAAAACGAGCCGAGUGCUCAGCUGUGAUGCCUUUGAAGGAAGCAAGAUGUUCAUCUACAUGUAAGACAGACCUUGACUGCGCAAAUGGGAAAUGCUGCUUUGAUGGUUGUGGACUUACCUGUUAUCCGUUAGAAUCGCCAAAAUUGCAAGUCAAAUCCAUUUCAUCGCAAAGAAAAAUGAUCUUUCUACCGGGAGACGUUGCGCGGCAUAAUAAAGGUAUGCUAUCUUCCUUGACUGCCGACUGCCCAUCAUCUAUGGAAAAAUCUCUCAUCGAGAAGAUCACAAAUUGUUCCUCACUUUGUGAAUCUGAUGAUGAAUGUUCUGGCAUGAAACGAUGUUGUCGGGUAGGAUGCUCGACACAAUGUCUAUAUCCAGUGCGGACCACUCCUUGUUUUCAUGCAGCUCUUACAGCCGAAAUAUAUGAAAUGCGAAAGUUGAAACGAUGCAAUCAUGCGGGAAAAUAUGAACCGAUACAGUGCGACUAUGAUGGCUGUUUUUGCGUGGAUAUAGAUAAUGGUGAAGAGAUUCCCGGCACCAGGACUGUCAGUGACGCACCUAUGUGUGAAAAGUUGAGCUCUUGCCCUACGAUGACUUGCCGCACAUCCUGCCCUUACGACUUUGAGAAGGAAGCGAACGGAUGCCCAUCGUGUCGGUGUAAGAACCCAUGCGCAGAGGUAAAAUGUCCGCAGGGCAGUUUUUGCAUCAUGACAGCUGUCAGCUGUUUCCAAACAGAGAAUUGUCCUCCUCAGCCGAGAUGUGUUCUCAACCUCUGCCCCCGUGGAGAGCCAUUCAUCUCUGCUGUAGGAGUUGUAGAGACGUGCAGCUCUAAAGAUCAGUGUCCAUUACAUUACUGGUGCCACCAAGUCGGCGUCGCUUCCACGGGAAUCUGCUGUCCAGAUCCUACUCGAGCUGUUCAUGAAGGCGUGUGUCCACCCACUGUUCCAGCGCUGGAUAGAUCAGAUAUUUGCAAAUUUGAUUGUCGAGCAGAUGAUGAUUGUUCAACCAGCCAGAAGUGUUGCUACGAUGGAUGUGGUAUGCAGUGUAAAGAGACAUCUCCAUCAUCCAUAGUAGGAGAGGCAGAGGAAAAGAAGCCUGAGGUUAUUAAGCCCGGCGUUUGCCCCUAUUUAAACCAGAGGCAGUGUAACGGACAACCUCACGUCCAUCAAUGUACAACCGAUGUGGAUUGUGUCGGAGUGCAGAAGUGCUGCUCAGAUGGAUGCACAAGGAAAUGUCUCUACCCCGAGAAUAACAGCGCUUGUAUGCAAGCAAAAGCUGCUUUGCAAAUGAUUGGCCAGUCGUCGAGGAUUCAGUGCAGACCAGAUGGAUCCUUCGAAGAGGUGCAGUGUGAUUCUGAUUACUGUUGGUGUGUGAAUCAAUUUGGUGUCGAAAUGGAAGGAACACGGACAUCAGAUGACAUAGCUCCUAAUUGUAGAGCUCCACGGAAAUGCAUACUUCCGCUAUGUACACAUGAUAUCUCUUGCAAAUAUGGUAUGAGGAAGGAUUCAAAUGGCUGUGACACCUGUGAAUGUAGCAGCCCUUGUGAUGGAGUUACUUGUCCAGAUGAUUCUGUAUGCGUGCCAGCUCCCGUGGAUUGUCUAGCAGGACCGUGUCCCGAGGUCCCGCGAUGCGUGGUGAAUCCAUGCCGAGAUGGAGUUCCAUUGACUGACAUCUCAACAGCUCAACAUAUCAAUUGUUCUGAUAGCAGCGAAUGUGCUGGAUCACAUCAUCCUGGUUACUGUAGCCAGUACAAGAGUGAUGGCGGGAUCUGUUGUCCUGGGCAUGAACCGAAUUGGUCACCAGGGACUUGCCCACAAGGAAUAUUGGCAAAUGGUGAUUGCACCAGACAUUGUCUCCUAGACGAAGAAUGUGCAUCUGGCCAAAAAUGCUGCUUUAACGGUUGCGGUAUGGCAUGCGUUGCUGCUGUCUUUUCUGCUCCAUCAGAUUUAUCUGUGCACAUUGGAGAAUGCUUAGAGACCAAGCCAUUGGGAGCUUUUUGCGUACAGAGGUCAAAAGAAUCCGAAUGUUCUGUCGACUCCGACUGUCCUUCACUGAAGAAAUGCUGUAAUGAUGGAUGUGUUCGUCGCUGUUCUUUACCAGACGUUACUACCCAUUGUAUUCAUGCUCGUUUGGCUGCUCUGGCAAUGCGCGACAUCGGCGGUGGUGGCUUUGUGCCCGAAUGCGAUGCGAAUGGUGAUUACCAACCGAUCCAAAGCCAUUUCUCCGUGAAAUGGUGUGUAAACAAGUUUGGAAAGGAAAUUCCAGGCACGAAAUCUACGGGUAAACCGAACUGCAAGCUACCAAGGUCAUGUCCCGUUCAUGCCUGUAACAAACGUUGUCCAUUUGGGCAACGUACAGACAAUGAUGGUUGUCCUGUAUGCGACUGUAUCAUGCCUUGCGAGCUGGUACAAUGCCAGGCCGGGUUCGUGUGCCGUAUGGUACAACCGCAUUGUUACACAAAAGAGUGUGAAGCUAUUCCGAGAUGCGUACCCAAUUCUUGCCCAUCUGGGGAACCCCUGGUCACUCCGGGAACUUGGACUAUGGCAGGGUGCAGUGAACACAAUCUAUGCCCUGCUGGUUACUAUUGUAGCCAGAAUGGAUACGAAGGAAGAGGAAUUUGUUGCCCUGGAGCAGCCCUAACCGUAACACCCAUGUCUUGCCCAGCUCUUCCGAUAACAGCAAAUCCCGUAGACGGAUCUUCCUGCGUCGUCGCUUGUCGUCGAGCUACCGAUUGCUCCCAUUCAGUUUGCUGCUUCAACGGUUGUGGAACCAGCUGCCAGUUCGAGACUGGAAAAUCUUUGACUAUCACUGGAGCGCCAAUAUCGGUCACUUCGGCAGCUACCCUAACAAAGCCAGUGGUGGUGUCCAUUGACGGCAGACCACAUAUUCAGCCUAUUUACAAAAAGAUUGCGACGCCGUCUGUGGAUGCCAAGCCUGUCGACGUGACUGUAAACAACCAACCAAUAGGACAAUCGAAUGUUGUGGGGCCUCGAAAGAAGCACCCCAUCGUUCCCGAACUUUCCACAUCUGCUGUUGGUGUUAUUGGUAGUUCCACGGCAGUAGGUGCUUUCCCAAAGAAUGGCCUAAUUUCGACCCCACAGAAGAUCGGCGCUUGCCCGUCAGUCCUUUUGAAUCCAGGAUGUCAAGAAGAAUGUCUUUCUGAUACUGAUUGUGUAGCGUUUUCAAAGUGUUGUAAAGCUAGUUGUGGAACGAAGUGUGUGGAGCCAGCGGUCACAAGUCCAUGCUUACAUCGACUGGCCGCUUUUACCAAAGAGUGGCCAAGCAUACCUCCACCUGUGCAAUGCCUACCUAAUGGGGAUUUCCGAGAAACGCAAUGCGACUUUACGACUAAGCAAUGCUGGUGCGUUGAUGAUACUGGAGUUGAGGUAAUUGGAACGAGAACUGCUGGUCAUAAUGAGCUGCCAUCAUGCAAAACUCCGAAAAUCUGUUCCGUAACUUGUUCUCAGUCAUCUUGUACUUAUGGCGUACAGUUAGAUGCAAAUGGUUGUCCACAUGAUGGUGUUUGUUUGUGUAGAAAUCCUUGUGACGAUUUUGACUGUCCUGCACACAAAACCUGCGCGUUGGUGGCUGUCAAAUGCGACCGAGAGCCGUGUCCUCCUGUGCCAAGAUGCGUUGCUUCACCAUGUCAGUCUAAAAAUAUUGUUACGGAUUUGUAUGGCAAUGCCUUUUCCUGCCGUAGCGAUAGCUGUCCCAAAGGAGAAUGUAUGACUGCGGUAGGGGAAGAGCUUGGAGUGUGCUGUCAGAUGACGGAGACCACCACAGUCGCUCAUCAUCUUAAUAAAAGAUCAAAUUGUCUGCUCUACCAAAUCGCGGUUGAAGAACUUCAGAGGCACGGAGUACGGGGUGUACAUCAACCAGCUUGUGAUAUAAAUACGGGGCUUUUCGCCCGAAUCCAAUGCAAUAGCUUUGGUGUUUGCUGGUGUGUAGACCCUGAAAAUGGCAGGGAACUGCCAGGAACCAGAAAAGAGAAAUCUGUAGGGCAGAAUGUUUGUGAAGCCCCGCAUGUUUGCCCAAGGCAGUGCCCACAGGACUUGUGUCCUUACGGACUUGCUCUAGAUCGUAAUGGUUGUCCUUAUGUGGACUGUGACUGUGCUUCACCAUGUGAUUCAGUGAGCUGUAAAGCUGGAGAGAUUUGUCUUCUGCGGAUUCCGAGCUGCUCUUCGGCUAACUGCAUUCCAGUUCCUUCAUGUGAAAGCUCUCCCUGUAACGGUGGCCAUCGGCCAGCUAUGGAUCCCAGGACAAAGAAGCAAUUUUCAUGUCGCGAAUCUGGCGAAAUCUGUCCAACAGGGUUUUACUGCACUGGUUUUGACCCAGAUGGAGAAGGAGUAUGUUGUCCGGGAAGAGAACCAUUGGUCACGAAAAAAUCAUCCAGUUGCCCACAUGGGGAUCCUUUUGCCAGUUCGUCCGAUGGAACGCCACUGACCUGCUCGGCCAAAAUUAAUGGCUGCCCCGCCACUCACUACUGUCUAAAAAAGCCUGGAGACAAAGAUGGUAUCUGCUGUGUUUCAAAACGACAUGUCUGCAACCUUCAACCUGAUCGUGGACCAUGUUCUGUUACUUUACACAGAUAUUUUUACUCUCCUUUGAACCAGAGCUGUACGCAAUUCCAAUAUGGAGGCUGCGCAGGAAACCUAAAUAAUUUCGCCACCAAUGAAGACUGCGAAAAAUUUUGCGAAGGUGUUUCUUCUGAUUUUUUCACUGCUUAUAACGAUGAUGCAACUGAUAGCAUCGAGAUAUACGAGCUGGGUUUUUCUUUGACUGGACCACAAAUUCCGGUAACUGCAAGAAAACGGGCCCAAGAUUCACUGGCCGAUUUUCUGUCUGAGCGUUUUUCACUCUCUAAAAGUUCAAUCGAUCACGUCAAAAUUUUGGAUGACAACACUGCUCGUUUCACCGUUAAAGAUGCCCAGGCCAGAGCCAUCGCCAAGAAUAUUUCUGAGGCAGUCAAUUCGAGUCUAGAAUUUUCCUUAAAUGGAAAUCAUUAUCGCGCAGAGCCACAGACCUGGUUCGCACAUCAAGUGGCUGAUCGGGUAGUAUCCAGCACAACAAGAAUGCUAUUUUGGGGGCUACUCGCUGCUGCGAUCAUGUUCGCAACUUUGAUUAUUGCAAUGCUUUUGGGAGCUUGUGCAUAUCUAUGCAGCUCAGCAAGCUCGAAAAAAAGUGACACAAGUCAGCGCGUCAGAUCACCUUCAGAUGUCGUUUCUCACAGUAUAAUUACGGAACGAGUACGGCCACGACCUCAACUGCGUCAAGUCGAAACCCGAUAUCCUUCAAAUGCCACGACAAGGUCGGUACGAUCACUGUCAGUACCACAAAUUCCAACGAUACACAUAGAUCGGGCUAGUAGUGGUUCUUACUAUUGA